AUGAGAUUUCAGAUAAUGAGUGAAUCAACUAAUAUACUCCAUAAAACAAUUGAAAAAUAUGAAGAGUUCAAUGAACAACUUCGGGAUUUUACUAAAAGUUUACUGUUAUUUGAAAAAAUGCAGCAUCAAUCACUUAGAAAUGAUGACAAUGGAAUAUCCAUUUUGAAUGUAAAAAAUGAGUUACUAUUACAUUAUAUGACUAAUCUCUGUACAAUUAUGUUGAAAAAAUCCGCUGGUCAGUCAUUGACAAAUGAUAAAAAUAAAACAAUUUUAUUGCGGUUAUGUGAAAUUCGCACUUAUAUUGAAAAAACACGUCCGAUCGAACAAAAAUUACAAUAUCAAAUAGAUAAAUUGUUAAAAAUGGAUUCGUCGUCUGGUGAACAAGAUUUUUUAAAACAUCGUGCAAAUAUCGAUAAUUUUGACGAAGAAACGAGUCAUAUUAAUGGUGAUAAAAAUGGAGAACAAGAAAAAAAAAUGGAUGAAGAUGAACCCAAACUUUAUCGUCCGCCAAAACUAGUUCCACUGGCAUUUGAAGAUGAUAUAAGUACAAAAGGAAAAACUCUAAAACGUCUUGAAUAUUUAAAACGACGUGCUUACUACAGUAAUGUUUUACAAGAUUAUAAAGAAAAAUAUUCUGAUGCACCUGAAGAAUAUUUUGAUACUGAUCGAAGUCGUUUAUUAAAAGAUAAUCGCUUGUACAAAGAUAAAGUGAAUUUUGAAGAAGAUUAUUUGAAACGUUUACCGCAAACAAAAUUAGAGCUUAAACAGCUUAAUCGUUCAAUAUCGAAUAGAAAUAAUUUGAAUACCAUAACAGAUAAUAUUCAGGAUGGACGAUUGUUGUAUGAAGACGAAGAUGAUGAUGAUAUGGACUUCAUUGGUGGUGAUGGUGGUGGAAGAAAAAAUAAAAAUAAAUCUAAAACAACCAUGAAAGGACGAAAACGAUUGAAAAAAAAAGGAAUGAAAAGAUUGAAAUCAAAAGGAAAAAAAAGAGCAUAA